UUUCCCUCCCAUCCUGCUUUGUCAUCAUACACUCACACAACGGUCAUUUACUUAUCUAUUGUUGGAGAAAUUUGAAACAAAUUAUUGAACUCUAGCUUUAUUGCAGUCUCCCACCAAAACAACUUGACCUUAUCUUUAUUGAAGGCCAAACCCGACAACCACUUAAUUCUUCUCCUUCCAAAACAAUCAAAAACACUCAAAACACACUUGAAAAACACUCUUACCCUAGACAUCAAAGGACCAUUCUUCUCUCCCUCUGAACAAAAACCGUAGAAAUCAAAACCGUGAGAUUUAGGGAAUAACACCAAAACCGUGAGAUUUGAUAACGUCCGCCAUCGUCCGCCUUUUCGUUUAUUCAGAUCUUGGAAGAAAGCUCGAAGAGUAUUUGCUGAGGAUUUGCUCCAGCAAAAUGGUCAAAACGCUAAGUCUAAGCCUCUCUCUCAGUCCAGCUUCUCACUUAUAUUCUUUCUUCCUCGAUAUACCGACCCAUAUCCUCUUCGUCACUGUUCUCCAAAUCUCAUCACAACUUCAACAACAUCUCCCUCGCAAUAGCGACACUUCGAGGCAUGACCGAAGGACGUGCGACCUAGCGUAGACUCGUGGAGGCAGGCAAGGAAGAUGGUGGCUGCGGUGAGUGCAUGGCCGUGGUAGAAUAUCGCCGACCGAGGAGACAGAGUGCCCCAGAUCCACUUUCUCUCUCCUCCAUCAAAUGGCCCGACUCCGACCCGACUCUCUCCUCCAUCCUCCUCAACUCCUACACCGACGUCGUCCUGGCCGAGCACAGAAAGUGGCCCCACCAUCCUUUCUCGGCCCUCGUCGACCCGAGUGGGAAAAUCUACGCCAGAGGCUCCCAGGACAUGAAGUGCAACGGGCUUCAGUACCUAGAGGCCAUUCGACGGCUUAAGGCUUCUGGGUUUAAGCAGACUCGGACUGUUUACUUGUCUUUCGUUCCUGAUGAGGAGAUUGGUGGUCAUGAUGGCGCUGAGAAGUUUGCUGAAUCUGAUAUUUUCAAAGCCUUGAACGUUGGGAUAGUUCUCGAUGAAGGGUUGGCCUCGCCGAGCGAGCAUUAUAGGGCUUUCUAUGCGGAGAGGUGCCCAUGGUGGCUGAUCAUCAAGGCUACUGGGGCUCCUGGUCAUGGGGCUAAGCUGUAUGACAACACUGCCAUGGAGAAUAUAUUGAAGAGCAUUGAGAGUGUGAGGAGAUUUCGUGCUUCACAGUUUGAUUUGGUGAAGGCGGGUUUGAAGGCUGAAGGGGAGGUCGUCUCUGUCAAUAUGGCAUUUUUGAAGGCUGGCACACCCUGUCCGACUGUAAGUUGA